UUCAACUGUCCAAAUACCAUUCACAACUUUAGAUACAUAUCUUAUCUUCUUUCCCUCUCUUUCUCCAAAUCUGUUACUCCCACAUAAUUGUAGCCCUUAAAAUUCUGCUUUUCCAACUGGUCAAACACACCAAAUCCAAGAAGAGUACAAGUAGCACAAAAAUUAGGGUGUCUUGUUACUUAUAUACACAUACACAUAUUUCCUUAACAUCUGGAAAAAAAAUACUACAUUUCAAGAAAUUGAAAAAUGGUGAUGUCUACAUUGUUGAAAUUUCUAUACCCUCCACCCCCAUCUUUGUUUAUUAAUACAAUGUCUGUUAUAAGCUUUGCUUCAUUAGCAAAUGCUGGAUUCUUGGAAAUCAAAGGGAAGCAUAUGCAGUAUUCCAAGUUCAUUGGAACAACUAAAAGUGAAAAUGAGAAGGCAAAAAUUGAGAGUAAAAAAGGCAUGCUUUUGUUGUAUAGUCCUGCAUUUCUUGCUGGUGUUGCAUCUUUUGCAAUUUUCCCAGAUGGGGAUUUAAGGUUUGCUUUGGUGUGUUCUGCUUUAACCAUACAUUUCUUCAAGAGAGUAUUUGAGGUCCUAUUUGUUCACAAAUACAGCGGUUCAAUGGAUGUUGAAGCUACAAUUACAAUAUCACUUAGUUAUUUCCUCUCCACAGUUACCAUGAUUUAUAGUCAACACCUAACUCAAGGUUUGCCAGAGCCAUCAAUUGAUCUCAAGUAUGGUGGAUUCAUAAUAUUUUUGGUUGGUAUAAUAGGCAACUUAUACCAUCAUUAUUUGCUUUCUAAAUUGAGAACAAAGGGUGACAAAGAGUACAAAAUUCCUCAAGGUGGCCUAUUCAAUUUUGCCAUAUGCCCACACUAUCUCUUUGAGAUUCUUAUCUUUGUAGGAAUUUCUUGCACUUCUCAAACUUUAUAUGCAAUUUCCUUCACAUUGGGCACUACCUUUUACUUGAUGGGAAGGAGCAUUGCUACAAGAAGAUGGUACAAGUCAAAGUUCGAUGAUUUUCCAAAGGAUAUCAAGGCACUUAUUCCUUACAUAUUUUAGGCUACUUUAUAUAGGGACCUUCAUUUUUUUGUUUAUGUACCUAUGUUAGAACAAGUAUAGCAUAAUCAUGGGUUCUUAAUUUAUAAAGAUCCUUAAAAAAUAUUGCAUCUUAAUAAAAAGUGAACGAUUUUGUAAGGGGUACACAUUCAUACUCAUCUUCAAUAUAUACUAGCUUGUAUUGAGUUUAUGUAACUAAAAAAUUGGUCGAAGUUCUUUGGCGGAACCAUUCGACCGACAUGGCAACAUGGAAGUUGAGGAGAACAUGAAGAAAAUAUAUCCUCACCUGUUCCAAAGCACAAGUAUACCUACUUUUAUAUUAGGGGAAGACUAUUCUUAAGUGGGAGAGAAUAUAGUACCCGUCAAAGUGCUAUUGUACCAAAGGGGAGGACUCACUUUUCUUAAUGAUGUUAUGGCGAGAUUUAACCAUCCAAAGGUGUGGCGAAUGCCCAAUGAAGUCAGAAAAAUCUGCAAGUCCAAGGUUUAAUUUCAAUUGUAACAACAAACACUAUGCGAUUUCUUUUUAUCUGCUAAGUU